ACAAUCUUCUCAUUCCCCAACGAAGAGAGCGCCAGGGUUUUAGUUUUACACCUCUCUCUCUUCCCCAUUGCUCAUUGCUCUUCAAGAUGGUCGCUGACAAGGGCAAGAAGGCCAAGCUCCCCGAAAAGGGGGAAGACGACAAUUCCGAGGUCAUCGACGAGAAACUCGUUCUCUCCAUCGAGAAGUUGCAGGAAAUUCAAGACGAGCUCGAGAAGAUCAAUGAGGAGGCCAGUGAUAGAGUCUUGGAAGUGGAGCAGAAGUACAAUGAGAUACGAAAGCCUGUUUAUGAUAAGCGGAAUGACAUUAUCAAAUCAAUUCCUGAUUUCUGGCUAACAGCUUUCUUGAGUCAUCCUGCUCUUUGUGAACUUUUGACUGAAGAGGAUCAAAAGAUAUUCAAACAUCUCACCUCCCUAGAAGUGGAAGAUUUUAAAGAUGUCAAAUCGGGUUACUCGAUUACUUUUAACUUCAACUCCAACCCUUAUUUUGAAGAUACAAAGCUGACGAAGACCUUCACCUUUCUUGAUGAAGGAACAAGAAAAAUUAAUGCCACGUCGAUCAAAUGGAAAGAUGGAAUGGGUUUACCUAAUGGGUUUAAUCAUGAGAAGAAAGGGAACAAACGGCCUCAGACUGAGGAAAGCUUUUUUAGUUGGUUUAGCGAUACAGAACAGAAAGACAUCGACGACUUUCAUGAUGAGGUUGCAGAAAUUAUCAAGGAGGAUUUAUGGCCUAAUCCACUAUCUUACUUCCAUAAUGAGGCUGAUGAAGACGAAUUGGAGGAAGAAGAAUCUAAUGAAGAGGGAAAGGAAGAUGAUGACUCUGAAGAGGAUGAUGAUGAGCAAGAUGAUGACAAUGAUGUGGGUGAUGAUGAUGAUGAAGAUGAUGAGUAGAAUAGUGAAGUUUCCAUCACUCCAAAUGGCUCGUUUCUGUAAUAGUUACUUGGGUAUCAGGUGGUAAAGGAGAAUGUUGAUCGUUUCUUUUGGUAGCCUUCUUCCAAUGGGUCUAUAUGGUAGGGUAACGGUCUGUAAGUUCAGUUGGUCAGGCAUUUAGACUCGACUCUACUUCCUCCCUAAGAGCCCGUUCGUUUUUCUUCUUCGCCGUUGCCUAAAUUACUCUCUAAUACAUAGAUUGUUGAGGAUAUUGUGGUUUUAAUUUUAUGUUUCGUUCUAAUGCUAACAUUGGAGAAAGUAUUUUGGUGUGUAAAGUUAUUUGGAUUCCCCUUUAAUAUGAAUAUGCUAUUAAUUGUUGUUUUA